AUGUAUUUAAGCUCCUGCCAAACCGGCUUGAUGCGAACGGUUUUAGGCCGAUCGUCAAUCUGUCUGAGGCUCUAUUCUUCCGGUGUGCGCCGUUCCAGAUUUCAACGGACUCAACAAGGUGAAAAGCAACAAAGCCAGAUAAAUAAACCUUCCGACACCAACCUCACGGUACAAAAAAAUAAUCCCAAAUCAAAUUCGAAAGAUGUGGACCCAAAACGCACUCUAAAAGGUCAGGAUGCUGCAAUGCCGACACGACAGUCAAAUCAUAGGAAAAGCAAUGACCAUGGACGUCAGCAAAAACCAACUUCGCAAGCACCACCAGCGAAUAAAAAACCAAUACGAGUCAAGGUUAAGCACAAGCCAAAGCCGCAACAAGAUUCCUCGAACAAUCGCCCAAAACUAGAUAUUCCAACCUUUCUGACGAUUGCGAACUUUGCACAGAUCCUUCGAGUCCGAGUUCCCGACCUACUGCUCAAAAUGAAGCAUCUUGGAUUCGAAAACAUGACCAACGACUAUAUUCUUGAUUCCGAGACUGCAGCACUCGUUGCGGACGAGUAUGGCUUCGAAGUUAAUACAAAUGACGAUACCGGUGCGGAUCUGUUUCCCUCUCCUGAGCCCACUGAUCCAAAGUUACUCAAACCUAGAGCUCCUAUUGUUACCAUUAUGGGACAUGUUGACCACGGUAAAACUACGGUUCUUGAUUAUUUGAGAAAGUCAUCUAUUGCCAAAGGUGAACAUGGGGGAAUUACGCAGCAUAUAGGUGCAUUUGUUGUGAAGACGCCAGUGUCUAAGAAAACAAUAACUUUUUUGGAUACGCCAGGUCAUGCAGCCUUCUUAAAUAUGCGAGAGCGUGGGGCUAACAUAACUGAUGUUGUGGUCUUGGUUGUGGCUGCUGAAGACUCGGUGAUGCCGCAAACAAAGGAAGCUAUUCGACAUGCAAGAAAUGCCGGUGUGCCAAUGGUUGUUGCAAUAAACAAAUGCGAUAAAGAAGAGGCAAACCCGGACAAAGUUGUCGCAGACCUCUCAGCGAACGGUGUAGAGGUUGAAGAUUAUGGUGGAGACGUUCCAACAGUUAAAAUCUCUGCCAAGACAGGCAUGGGUAUGGAAGAACUUGAAGAAACCAUCGUGGCUGUUGCCGAAUUGCAGGAUAUUAAAACUCAGGAAGAUAGGGUUCCUGUUGAGGGCUGGGUUUUGGAGUCCCAGGUGAAGAAGGGUUUGGGAAAUGUCGCAACUUUUUUGGUUUUGAAAGGUAAAUUGAAAACGGGUGCUGUUUUGGUUGCUGGAGAGACGUGGUGUAAAGUUAGAGUCAUGAAGGAUGAGUUUGGUAAACCGGUGAAGGUUGCUGGGCCUGCCACUCCGGUUGAGAUAUCCGGCUGGAAAGAUAUUCCAGAUGCUGGAGAGAUGGGGCUCGAAGCAUCCAGUGAAGCUUUGGCUAAAAAAGUGAUUUCAAAUAGAGAGAAGCGAAAACUUCUGUUAGAAGAAGCGUCUCAAAUCGAGGAAAUGAACAAGCAAAUGUUGAAAAAAAUGGAAACAUCUCGUCGUGAGGAGAAAAUCCAAGAGUACCAGCUUGAAGGUCUCACUAUGGAUGAGAUCAGGGAGUUGGAACCAGAACUGUUUGACGAUGAAGAAACCAAGCUAUUAGAAGUUCCGUUCAUUGUGAAGGCGGAUGUUAGUGGAUCCGCAGAAGCUAUAUCUCAAAGCAUUUCAGGAUUGGGUAAUGAUGAGGUGCAGUCGACUAUAUUAUAUGAAGAAGUGGGACCUCCGACAGAAAGCGAUAUUGAGCGUGCGAAAUUGUCUAAUGCUCAAAUUCUAGCAUUCAACGUCAAGGUUCCCAAAGAUAUUGUCAAUCUUGCAUCUCUCAAUGGUGUUGAAAUCAAGGAAUUCAAAGUCAUCUAUCACUUGAUCGAAGACGUCAUGAAGUAUUUGACCUCGAAGCUGCCAAAGAAAUAUGAAACAAAAAUACACUCCACUGCAUCGGUCAAGCAGAUUUUCGAGAUCAGUCUAAAGAAUAAGUCGAAGAUGAAAAUUGCCGGGUGUCGUAUCACCAGUGGAGUUUUCAAACGGAAUGCAACCGUGCGCCUGUUAAGAAAGGGCAACGAGGUAUACAGAGGAAGAGUUAGACAGCUGAAGCACGAAAAGCAAGACGUGAAUGAAGUCGCAAAUGGUGUCGAGUGUGGUGUUGCUCUGGAAGGAAACGUUGAAUUGAAAGUUGGAGAUGUGAUUGAAGCCUUUGAGGAGGUAGAAAUACAGAGACAUUUGUGA